CCUAAUGAGGAAUGUUGUUAUUGUGAGAGUUGAAACAACUUUGACUCUCUCAGAGAGUCACAAUUGUCACCGGUCUCUUGGUGAAAAUGUGGUCCUAGUUCUAACAGAAAUGUGUGCCUCUUCUUCGUAACAAAAGUCUUUUUUAUACUAUUAGGCAUUAGCUAAGGAAUUUGUACGAACCAGAUGGAAUCUUGUAACAACUUUUGUCUCAAAGUAAGCAAGAAUAUUGCCUACGACUCUUCCUCCCUACCAACUACUAAGUCGGUCAAACAGCCUCAAACUUCAAGGAUCUCUGCUACCCACUCUCUUUAAUAUCUAACCAACGAAGAAAAAUCAUCAGAGUAUGAUGAAAUAGCUAUAAAAGAGAAAGUAGCAGUGAACAAUUCUCUUCAUCUCGUAAUCCACAAGAAUUGGCAUCUCAUCUUCAAUAACAAUAGCAGUAGCUUAGAUGGAUAAAACUGCUACUGAUACUACUACUGCAGCAAAGGCAACGAAGAUAAAAAGGACGUCAUCAUCGGAGGUGAUGAAGUUGGCAACACUGGCUGUUGAAUUGAAUAUCACCGUCAGAUCAUCCAAUAUGCAUGUAACGAUGCAAGAGAAAGCCUUCAUCUUCACCAGAAAACUUCUAACUGUCAACAAAUCCAAUACAAAGAACACGAAGCCAACACCCACCCAGAUAGCUCUUGCGAUCAAGAAGGAGUUCGAUGCCUCUUAUGGUCCAGCAUGGCACUGCAUAGUGGGGAAGAGUUUCGGAUCGUUUGUGACUCACUCACCAGGUGGAUUCUUGUAUUUCUCUAUCGAUAACCUCUAUCUUCUUCUCUUCAAAACAGAGGUCCAACCAGUCAUACAGUGAUGGUCUCCAGUACUCCAGUGAAUAGCUCAGAACAGAAAAGCUAUGAUUCUUAACCAGUAGGUUACGUGGGGUUAGUGUUGUAGUUCUCUCUGCCUCUGGAUGAUUUACCAACAAGUACACUCCCACAAGCAGACAAUUUCAUCAAGUGAGGAAAUCAUGAAAUGAAGCUAAAUUUUUGAAUGUA